AUGUAAAAGCCCAUAUACAGACUUAUGAGGCCCAUUUAGUGUUUCUAACUAUCUUCUCCACCGUGCUCGUCCUUUGCGGUCGCACGGUGAAGGAAAAAAAAACAGAGAAACGUCGAACAGGUCCGAUCAUCUCUGAUCGUCUUCCAUGGCGCAGAUCCCUAACUUGGAGAAUGCUCCUCUCAAUCUCAAAUCCAUUAGGGAGAAGUCUCAGAGGGAGCUCGUAAACUUGCUUAAAGACAUUCGUGGAACUAAGUGUCUGGUUAUUGAUCCAAAGCUAAGCGGUUCCGUUUCAUUGAUCAUCCAGACUUCCACACUUAAGGAACUUGGUUUGGAAUUACGACAUCUUUCUGAAGAACCAGUUCAGACUGAAUGCACGAAAGUGGUCUAUCUUGUUCGAUCUCAACUCAGUUUUAUGAAACACAUAGCUUCGCACAUUCAGAAUGAUAUUUCCAAAGCGAUUCAGAGAGACUACUACGUUUACUUUGUUCCUCGUAGGUCUGUCGCGUGUGAGAAGAUUCUUGAGCAGGAAAAAGUUCAUAACCUGGUUACCGUGAAGGAGUUUCCUCUGUAUAUGGUUCCACUGGAUGAGGAUGUGAUAUCUUUUGAGCUUGAGCUCUGUGAAAAAGAUUGCCUUGUCGAUGGUGAUGUUAGCUCACUUUGGCAUGUUGCAAAAGCAAUACAUGAGCUCGAGUUUUCUUUUGGAGUUAUACCGAAAGUGAGGGCAAAGGGCAAAGGAUCAGUUCGUGUUGCAGAUAUACUUAACCGCAUGCAAGUGGAGGAACCUGUCAAUACCAAUGAUGUGGGAAGGCCUGAAGUAGAUACACUCAUUCUGUUGGAUAGAGAGGUUGAUAUGGUUACACCAAUGUGUACCCAGUUAACUUAUGAAGGAUUGUUAAACGAGUUUUUGCAUAUCAGUAAUGGAGCUGUCGAGGUCGACUCGUCUGUGAUGGGUUCUCAGCAGGAGGGGAAAAAGAUGAAGGUUCCCCUUAAUUCAAGUGAUAAAUUGUUCAAGGAGACGAGGGAUCUCAACUUUGAAGUCGUUGUGCAGGUUCUACGGCAGAAGGCAACAACCAUGAAGGAGGACUAUACUGAAAUUAAUUCUACCCAGACAGUUUCUGAGCUAAAGGACUUUGUCAAGAAGCUUAACUCAUUACCAGAGAUGACAAGGCACAUACAUCUUGCUCAGCACCUGACAACAUUCACGUCCAAGCAGUCAUUUCUUUCGCAGCUUGACAUGGAACAAACACUAGUUGAGGCAGAAAGUUAUGACAUAUGCUUUGAGUACAUAGAAGAAUUGAUCCAUAAACAGGAGCCUCUCACUAAAGUCCUGCGACUAUUGGUCCUAUUUUCUAUUACAAACUCAGGGUUACCGAAAAAGCAAUUUGAUUAUAUAAGAACGGAACUACUCCACAGUUAUGGGUUUGAGCAUGUGAACGUAUUGAACAACUUGGAAAAAGCAGGAUUGUUGAAGAAACAGGAGUUUAAAAGCAACUGGCAGACAGUGAAACGUACAAUGAAACUUAUAGUUGAAGACACAGAUACGUCAAGGCCGGUUGAUAUCGCUUAUGUCUAUUCUGGAUAUGCUCCUCUUAGCAUUCGUCUUGUCCAACAAGCUAUACAUUCCGGAUGGCGUCCAAUAGAAGACAUUUUGAAGCUGUUGCCAGGACCACAUCUGGAAACUAAAAGAGUCAGUACACGUUUACCCAACUGGAGAAAAAAAAAAGAAUUGUUUUGUUAUGCUAUUGUAUUUUCUGUUUUCGACUAUUUUGUGAUCACAUUAUGUACCAUCUCUAUGCAGAGUGGAUUCCCAAGUAGUCCAUCAGUUGAUUCAUUGCAUGGAGCUUCAAAUGGGGUUGCUGAUGGAAGACGCUCAGUUGUUCUUGUUGUCUUCAUUGGAGGUGUAACAUUUGCUGAAAUCUCUGCCCUACGGUUUCUCGCCUCCAAGGAAGGAAUGGCUUAUGAUUUGAUUAUUGCUACAACAAAGAUCAUCAAUGGCGCAACACUAAUAGAAACAUUCAUGGAUAAACAAGGCUGAUCCGUAAGAGAGCGUUAUCUUUUCUCUCGAGUGCUAUUGUGUGUUUAUUUAUUGUCUUUUUAUGUCUUUGUGACUCUUCUUCUGGAUCGUUUUGGUUGCAGAGUGAAUGGUAUUCAAAUGUUCUCGUAUAUGUUUUUCUUUUGUGGUGAGAGACAGUAUGAUCUUUUAUAUACAAAUCAGUAAUAUAUUUGUUGAUGCAUAUUUUCA